AGAAAAUCCAAAAGUCAACAGACGACCGCCUGUCCACACUGAUCACGUAGCUAACAUGACCCUAAAGCUGUCGAAGAUUGUUUCCAACUUCCCACAAGAAAGCCUGGCGUUGGCUUUCGCCUAUGGAUCUGGCGUUUUUCACCAGAGGGGACAUAAAGCUAUGUCGCAAAAUAUGGUGGACUUCAUCUUUGCUGUGGACAACGCUAAAGCCUGGCACAAGGAGAAUAUGAGGAGAAACAGGAAACACUACUCCUUCCUCAGCAGCCUGGGGCCUGAGAGGAUUGCUAGGGUACAGGAGAACUGGGGAGCCAGGGUUUAUUUCAACACACUAGUGCCCUGUGAGGACAGACUUAUCAAGUAUGGAGUCAUCAGCACAAGUGACCUGAUUGAUGACCUUCAUCAGUGGGAAACUCUGUAUGUCAGUGGGCGUCUACACAAACCUGUACUGAUCUUGAAAAGAAGAGACAACCCAGUGUUACUAGAAGCUCUCCAACAGAACACAUUAAGUGCCAUGGCAGCAGCACUGCUCAUGUUACCUGAGGCAUUCACAGAGGAGCAACUGUACAUUGCAAUUACCAGCCUUUCAUACACAGGAGAUUUCCGCAUGACAGUUGGAGAGGAUAAGCAGAAGGUACAGAACAUAGUGAAGCCCAACGUUGCCAGGUUUCAGGAGCUGUAUCAUCCCAUCUUGGACAGUGUCAACCACAUCCACUGGCACAAGAAACAGGCUUUUAUUGAGCAAGACACAAGUCCCCACGCAGUCUACUCCCACCUGAACAUGCUGCCAAAGACACUGCAGAAUCACAUCUGGCUGGAGAAGAACCGAGACAAGAGGCACCAGGAUAUGGAGGAAGUGAUGAAGAGUCUGGCUCACAGCGCGGACUACAGAGAGGUUGUAGAAAGAGGAGUGCAGGGUAUUGUGAAAAAAUCCAGCAUAACUCAAAGUCUGAAGAGUAUUCUAACAGCAGGCAUGAUGAAGAGUGUGAGGUACAGUGCAGCAAAACUGAGAAAGAUGAUGUCCAGCAAGAGGCAGCCUGUGUCAGUGUAGGUAGCAGAGACUGGGAUAUGGAGUGAUCUGUUAAGUCUGACACUCAGAUCAUGUGUUUGAUACAUGUUUUAGAUUGUGGAUGCACGCAAUGUGCUGAAAUAUUCACAGCUAUGUUCUAGUUAUUCAUUUAAAGUUAAAGUUUAUUCAGUCCAUACGGGUAUUACCUGAAUGGUUGGUGUGUGUAUGUGAAUAGCCAAUUUCAUUUACAUUUCAUCCAUCCACAAAGCUAAUUUGUCUGAAGGGCUUUACUCUUGCAGUAUGGUCUAAUGUAGAUUUUCUGCAAUGGUCUUCUUAGUUCCAGACACCGUACAUGGUUUAUGUAAGCAAAGUUAGGAAGAACAUGACAUCUUGCCUCUACCUCUAUGUUGUUGGUACUUGUAGUGACAUUGUCAAGCAAAUAAAGAUUG